AUUUAAGAAGCAGUUUUCUCAUCUUGAAGAGAGUGGUGGUAACGGCCCAUCAGUUCCAACAGACAGGAAACAUGCAUCCCUUCCCAGGUAAAUAGGGCAUCAUAGUCUUGAUUUCAUUCUCACACUGCUUUGAGGUGCAAUUUCAAGUACAUUUACAUCUUAGUUUCUCUCCAUAUUAAGGUUCUCCCUUGUGGCCUGAGUGCCCAAUGGUAAGGAGUAGCCGGGAAAGUUGCUCCCACUUGUCUGGGCUUCUGUCCUUUUGUCACUGUAAUUUAGUUGAGUGAAAGCUUUUGCCUUUUGGUUUUGCUAAUCUGCAGCUUCAUUUUGUAGGACCACUAUGGUUCACUCGAAUCCAAUUCCUGCCAAGGAACAACCUCUUGCUGUGUCAUCAAGGGUUAGACCAGUCUCUGAUGAUUCGUGUAAGAAUCCUUGGGAGAAAGCAAGUGGUCCUGGAAAUGUUACCAGGACAUCUCUGACUCCACAAGGGCUGCAAGCACAAGCAGCAGGAUCAGUAAGAGUUAAUGGGCCAGUGAUGGAUUCAAGGUAUUCUGCUCACCAACAGAUCCCACAAGCAUACGGUUACCGCCAAAUGCCUGCAAGGUUGGACAGUACCAACUCAUCGCAGGCCAUAGGAGGUUACACGCUGCAGUCACAGAAGGAAACAUUAUUUGAAGAGUUACUCGAAUCCAAUAUUUUGCUCUUUUGAAUUCCUUGGUGUACACUGGCAAAUAUUAGCAUAUUUGAAGAGUUGCCAUUUUGAUCAUCAUCUUAAUUUGUACUUUUUGGGUCAGAUCUAAUAAAGCAUCAGCAUUAAAUUUACAAUGAUCA